AUGAGGUCAUUUGCGGGAUUACAAGCUCUGAUACCAUGGGCAGGAGUGAUUCUUGUUCAAGUUUUAUCUGCAGCAAAUUCCUUAAUUACCAAAGCAGCAUUGAAUAAAGGGAUGCAAUUUGCAGUUUUUGCCCUUUAUAGAAAUAUAAUAGCUUCAGCAUUCUUGAUCCCUUUACUAUAUUUCAAAAGACCUGUAAUAGACCAAAACAUCCUUUAUGCUGGUUCAAAGAUGACACCAGCUAGUUUCUCAACAUGUCUUUCUGGUGUCACUCCAUCACUCAUAUUUCUUCUAGCAUGGAGUUUUGGAAUGGAGAAAGUGAAUUUCAAAGAGAGGCGCAGCCAAGCAAAGUUAUUAGGAACAGUGAUUGCAGCUGGGGGUGCUAUUCUCAUUUGUCUUUACAAUGGACCAGCUAUUGCUGUCUCUUCCAAAUCUCAAUCAUCAACUACCCAUGAAGGAUUUACAGAGAAUUGGAUUGAAGGGCCCGUGUUUGUCAUCAUCGCGAAUGUCUCUUAUGUUGUUUAUUGUGUUACCUUGGGUAAUGUCCUCGUGGAGUAUCCAUCUCCUCUGGCAAUAAUAUCGUUAAUCUCAUUCUUGGGAGCAAUUAUGAAUGGAGUAAUUGUUUCGGGAGUAAUUGCAUAUAUUAUAAGUGCGUUGACACAAAUAAAGGGCCCGGUUUUUGUAGCCGCCUUUAGCCCAACAUCCAUGGUUCUUGUGAUGGUUAUUGGUUUCAUCGCACUUGGUGAAAGCAUUCAUGUUGGAAGUCUAAUAGGUACAUUUUUCAUUGUUACGGGUUUGUUCACUCUCCUUUGGGGGAAAAGUGGAAUUCAACCGCAGCGACCAGAAGAAGAAAUUUCACCGCAGCGACCAGAAGAAGAACAGGGACAUGAAGAGCAAGAAAUGGAAAGUGUAGUUCAUACUUUAUAG